UUUCGUUAGUUGGGAAUUUGACCAGUCGUCCUCUGAGCUUACGGCAUACAGUCGCCCUUUWGUCAUCUAAGUUUUAUUCUUCUCUAAAACGAAUAUUAGCUUAACUGUAAUAAACUAUGGCAGGAACACUUGCACGUAAAGCUAUUGACUACCUUAGGAGCAAAGAGUUCAGGGAUUAUUUGAUGAGCACGCAUUUCUGGGGUCCAGUAGCAAACUGGGGUCUUCCAAUUGCUGCCAUCUCAGAUAUGAAGAAGAGCCCUGAAAUUAUCAGUGGCAGAAUGACCUUUGCUCUGUGCUGUUACUCACUGCUCUUCAUGAGGUUCGCCUACAAGGUUCAGCCACGUAACUGGCUUCUGUUCGCUUGCCAUAUUACCAAUGAAUCAGCACAACUAAUCCAGGGAACUCGACUCAUCAAAUACAAUCUAGAGAAGAAGUCAUCUUAGUGAUGGAAGGAUAUGGACAACUGCAGAAUUCUCCUUCUUCUAUAAUCUACAAAAUCUAAGCAAUGGAGCUCACUCAUCUAAACAUUUGACAAGCACUAAAAUUGUUACACCUAACAGGUUUUUUUUAAAUGAAAAUGCCAUGAAAUGGAUCACUGUUAAGUUUUAGCCUCUUUAGUUACACAGAAGAUAAAAAUCUUGAGCGUCUCUUCAAUAAACUUGAUCGCUGUGAUUUUAUUUAGAUUUGUUCUUGUGACAAAAUGUAAAUUGUGCAAGCCAGAGCAACAGAUGCCUUGUGUACAGGUCAGCAGCUGUUCUACACUUUGAAAAAAGAUUCAUUUGUUCUUUGUGAAUCAUAUCAUUAAAGGUCAUCAGCACUGAUUUUUGAUUCCAUCAUAUCAUGCUGUGAAAUUUGUAUUUCAGACAAACAUUACAAUUUUUAUGAAACAGUUUUUUGUGUUUAUAAGAGGACAUGUUAAAAUGCUGUUUUAUGCACAAAAACAAGACAUUGUGUAUACAUGAAUAAGGCUUCAGUUUGGCAUCUAAAUUGCUGUAAGGGGUGAUGAAAGUUAAAACUGAUAUUUUUGAGCAAAUAAAUCCCUCUUUUGAUAUAAAUUUACAGCUGUAGUUGGAUCAAGACUAUCUAGAUAAUUAUCUAGUAACACUGGGUAAAACAGCUGGUUGUGUUAGUGUUGAGAAAAACAUGAAAUGUGCAGUUAUGUCAAAUUUAGAUUAAUUUCUAAUCACUGUGUAAUCUACCUAAUGCUGAAAUAAACUGGACUGGAAAACAUU